UGUCUAAUUUAUAUAAUGAAAACGUCAUCACGCAUACUGAAAUACAUGUUAGAGAAAGAUGUGCAAUGGACAAAUUAUUGCGUAUCACUUCUAUCUAAGUAUUCAUUCUUUAAGUCUUUAAAGAUAAACUGUAAAUUUCUAGAAAUAUCCUGUGAUGGUAUUGCCUGGUUGAUUACUUGGACUGCUUUCAUAUGGAUAAUGAAUUCAAAAGCAUUACUUCAAAUGCAAGUAAAUAUGCUUGUAGGACUUAUACUUGAUAUUGUCGUCGUAGCCGUGUUAAAGUCAUUCGUGCGCCGAAGAAGACCGGUAGCAAUAAAAGAUACGUUGGUAAUAGGACCCGAUAAAUUUAGUUUUCCCUCUGGCCACGCAUCUCGAGCAUUUUAUGUACUUAUAUUUUUUACAAAAUUAUAUUCUCUGAAUUUUGUAUUUUUAAUGCCUCUUACGGCUUGGGCUGUAAGCGUAGCUCUAUCACGACUGAUUUUACAGCGUCAUUAUAUGUUGGACAUUUUCGCUGGAGCAAUCAUUGGAGGUCUUGAAGCAAGACUCCUUGAAUUCAUUUGGAUCAGUGAAACAUUUGCUAUAAAUAUUGCUGGUCUUGUGUCUGGUUCAGAAGAAAUAUAAAAUUAACAUUUUUUUUUUGGGGAAAUAUGUAAUAAAAACACGCGUUUACGUAAAUACA